AUGUCGCCGAGCACUGGAUAUGUAGCCCGUGGGGAAGAGAUACAGCAAUGGAUGAGCGACCCAACUAAUCCCGGUUGUGAUGUUAAUAGAAUCAGUUUGACUUGGAGAGAUUUGCACUCUUCUCCAGAAUGGAUUCUCCACAAUCAGCCUAUGCUCCUACCAGAAUUGCAUAUGAAUUGGAUGAGGGAGAUUGGUUUCCCAGAGGACAAUGACUUGCAUCUCCAUUCCGAAUCCGUUUAUCGACAAGUAUCACUCAAGAACUUCACCACUGGAACUACCUGGAUAGGGAGAACUGGACCUGGUGUGAUUUUACUUGAGCUUUUGCAGAGAAACCGAGAUUCCGGGGAUCCCUUCAUAUCCGAGUUAACCAAGGCUGCUUAUCAACGAGACUUUGAUCUUGAUGCCCUGAGAUACAUCUGUGUGUUGGAUAUUGAGAACAAUGACACCAGUGAAUAUAUUGAGGAGCACAUGUACAGGCCUGGACCCAUUAUAAGAGAUCAGGGUGUAGUCUAUUCUUCCGAGGCAACAGCAUUCAAAGGAAUGCUGGGUACUAAAGUUGGUAAGAUGGUCUCAUAUUUCAUUUUGGGGGCAUAUGGCCAGGGGGUAAAACAUAUCACACAAAUCCAUGUUUUUCGAGCCGACAAUGCUUACCAAAUUGAGUUCGAGGUUGAAGACGUUUAA